AUGGAGGAGAGGAAGAAGUACCCGAUUGGGGUUGAGUUUUAUACUCUGUAUGAGGAGGUCGGGACGGGAGUCAGCGCGGCUGUUCACCGCGCCCUCUGCAACCCACUCGAUGAGGUCGUCGCCAUUAAAAUUCUCGACUUUGAGCGCAAUAACAGCGAUCUGAAUAACAUUUCACGGGAAGCACAGACAAUGGUCCUUGUUGACCAUCCUAAUGUUCUUAAGUCACACUGCUCGUUCGUUAAUGAUCACAAUCUUUGGGUUGUGAUGCCUUACAUGGCUGGAGGUUCUUGUCUUCACAUCUUGAAGGCUGCACACCCAGAUGGUUUCGAGGAGGUUGUCAUUGCUACAAUUUUGCGGGACGUGUUGAAGGGCUUGGAUUACCUUCACCAACAUGGACAUAUUCAUCGUGAUGUCAAAGCUGGUAAUGUUCUGAUUGAUUCCCGUGGUGGAAUCAAACUGGGGGAUUUUGGUGUUUCCGCCUACUUGUUUGAUGCAGGUGACCGGCAGCGCAUGAGGAAUACAUUUGUGGGCACCCCCUGCUGGAUGGCACCUGAGGUCAUGGAGCAAGUGAAUGGUUAUGAUUUCAAAGCUGAUAUAUGGUCUUUUGGCAUAACUGCUCUGGAACUUGCACAUGGCCAUGCCCCUUUCUCGAAGUAUCCUCCGAUGAAGGUAUUGCUUAUGACUUUGCAAAAUGCGCCACCUGGUCUUGAUUAUGAGAGGGACAAAAAAUUCUCAAAGUCCUUUAAGCAGAUGAUUGCUAGCUGUUUGGUGAAGGAUCCUUCAAAAAGGCCAACUGCAAAAAAAUUGUUGAAGCAUUCCUUUUUCAAGCAAGCUAGAUCAAACGAUUAUAUUGCUAGAACUCUUCUGGAAGGGCUGCCAGCUCUUGGUGACCGUCUUCAAGCAUUGAAGAGAAAGGAGGAGGACAUGCUUGCACAAAAGAAAAUGCCAGAUGGAGAGAAAGAGGAGAUAUCCCAGAAUGAAUAUAAACGUGGGAUCAGUGGGUGGAAUUUCAACCUCGAUGAUAUGAAGGCUCAAGCUUCAUUGAUCCAGGAUGAUGAUGGUGCUUUGGAAAAAGACGAAGAUAUGCAAAACAAACUACAAUAUCAGUCAUCUUUAUCCAAAAGCUUUAAAGUGCUUCAACACCAAUUAUCCUUUGCAAGUCAGUGUUCUGAUGCAGCAGAUUCUGAUGAUAACACACCCGCUUCUGUCUCGUCAGUGGACUCCCCGAGAAACUUAUCUAAAAUUGAAAAGUCUGAAGAUGAUGCGAGUGUCAUGACAACAUUGGAGCAACCAACAACAAACAUGCCUCUUAGUUCUGAGAAUCAUGCAGACAAUAACCUAGUAGAAAAGGCUGAAGCGGAGGCAAACAAAAGAUUAACAGACGGAGCCCCCACUAAUUCUGGUGAUAAAGUCCAAAAUCAGUCCCGCGCUGGGCCAGCCAAUCAGCAACCUUCAGAGUCUGUACAUGGAGAAAUAAUAUCCAAAGGCUCAAAAACAUCAGUUAAUGGUGAUGAAGCCGAUGAGAAGGCCAAGAAUCAAGUUGUUCAGCAAAAAGGAAGAUUUAAGGUCACUUCAGAGAAUGUUGAGCAGGCUGUUCCAGCUCCUAUACUACAGAAAAGCCAUAGCAUGCAGGUGAUGGGUCCACUGUCUUCCAUAUCGUCACCUCCAUUAUCUUCCAUAUCAACAGCAUCACUCUCUGAUGCUACUUCAAGUUUUGGUCAUGCCAUUUUUCCCAGUUUACAGUCCGUUCUGCAGACAAAUAUUGUUCAAAGGGAUAGCAUCCUUCAUUUAAUGAAGCAAAUAGCUGUUGGUGAUCCUUUGGAUGUGGAAUGCCCACAGAUUAACAUGGCAUACGCUGAUAAAUCCUUGUUAGAUGCUUCUCAUGAUAGAGAACGGGAGUUGCUUCGAGAAAUCAAUGACCUCCAAUUAAGGCUUGCACGUGCCCAGGAGGAGCUCCAAAAAUAUAAAGCAGAGAAUUCGCGGCUGGAGAUCCUACAUCAACCAACCACAAUUGACACCAAAACAAACCAGGCCCAAGCUCAAUACUCGGACCUCGGUCUGGCCUCAGUUGCCAAUCCUUCCUUCCAACACCAGGAGAAGAGAAGCAGCACGGUGGACAUUGCUGGAAUUUCCGUCGCAUCUUCCCAGAAAGGGAAAAAAACGGGCCGCCACCCAAAACCGCGUAUCAAUUAA